UCAUAGGUGCUUGCUGGCCUCAUUUCUAAAGAAACAGAGGCCUACGACUCCAUCUACCUGCAGAUGCCAGUCAGUGCAGAUAAUCCUGGGAGUCCACUGCAGCACUCAACUUUUGCCACUAGAUGGAAUGCAUUCAAUCUUACAGUAUUAUAGGCCUCAGCUUAUCUCCUACCAUGGUUACCCAAGUGAAGAGUAUGAUGUGGUGACUGAAGAUGGCUAUAUCCUCAGUGUAAACAGAAUUCCUCAUGGAUUGGCAGAAACUAAUGAAGGAGUCCGACCAGUUGUAUUUCUGCAACAUGGCUUGCUGGCUGCUGGAAGCAAUUGGGUCACAAACCUGGCAAACAAUAGCUUGGGCUUCAUAUUAGCAGAUGCUGGUUUUGAUGUAUGGAUUGGAAAUAGUCGAGGAAAUACAUGGUCACGGAAGCAUAAAACUAUUCCAAGAUAUAAGGAGGCAUUCUGGACUUUCAGCUUUGAUGAAAUGGCCACCAAAGAUUUACCAGCAGUGAUUGACUUCAUCCUUCAAAAAACAUCACAACGACAGUUAUAUUAUGUUGGUCAUUCCCAGGGAACAACAAUUGGUUUCAUAGCCUUUUCUACAAUGCCAGAGUUAGCAAAGAAGAUUAAAGUCUUUUUUGGCUUGGCUCCUGUUGCAACAGUUAAAUAUUCUGUCAGUCCGCUUGCAAAACUUGGACAACUUCCAGAGUUUUUGAUCAGAGGUUUGUUCGGACAUAAGGAGUUCCUUCCACAAACUAAGGAAAUAACAUGGCUUGCUACACAUAUAUGUAACCGCAUUUUAAUUGAAGAACUUUGUGGCAAUAUAUUCUUCAUAAUAAGUGGAUUCAAUGCAAAGAAUCUCAAUACGAGCAGAAUACCAGUCUAUUCAGCACAUUGUCCUGCUGGAACCUCCGUACAAAAUAUUAUUCACUGGAGUCAGGCUGUGAAAGGGGGACGUUUUCAGGCUUUUGAUUGGGGUUCUACUUCAAAAGAUAUGGCACAUUAUAAUCAGACAAAACCACCUCUCUACUACUUGAAAUCAAUGCCUGUUCCAACUGCUCUGUGGUCUGGAGGAAACGAUUGGCUAGCUGAUUCCCAAGAUGUGGACAAGUUAUUGAAACAACUGCCCAAUAUUAUUUAUUACAAGAAAAUACCUGAUUGGGAACAUUUAGAUUUUAUCUGGGGUCUGGAUGCUCCACAGCGCAUGUACUAUGAUAUCAUUAGUCUUAUGAGAAAGUAUCAGUGAGUCAGAGAGAGUCUGCAAUAAUCUUAUUUUUAAAAACUGGAGUUAAUGGACACUUCUUAAGAAUUGCUUUUCUUUUUAUUCUUCCCUCAAUUGCUACGUUAUAUGGAUCAUUGACGGUCUUAGAUUCUUAAUAAGAGGUAAAACACCACAUUUUAGAAUUAAAGUUUUAAUAUUUUGCUGCCCAGAUUGUGCCUGAGCCCUGUCUUUAAGAAGUGUCUAAUCUCAUACCCUGAAACUCCUAAUCUGCAGUCAUAUUGCUGUGGCCAAAUAACAAACUGAAUCCUGAUUAUUAUUAUUCUUAAACAGGAUGAAAAAUGUGGAGUGGGCCUGGUCAAAAUAAAAAUUAAUGGAGGCUUUGGAACUGUUGCCCAUCUCCUCCUGUUACUUAUUGGACUUUUGAGAUCAGGGAAUUAAUGUUUUACAAAAUUUCUUUGACUUGAUCAUGGCCUAAAAUUGCCAGGGAUGCCAUGCAUGAAAGCAUGCUAACUAUCCUUGUGUGCAUUUGGAUAAAACCAUAUUACAUAUGAUCUCUUCCAGUUUGAUUGCUCUUCCCUAUCGUGCUUUUUCUGAACCAGUGAUUCUUUUAUUGAUGGUGUUUGUACAAUCGCAUUUGGAAGCAACACUGCAAGAAUGUAAGUCAAGAAGGUGCAAUUUCCUUGAAAAAGCCCCACUACUAGUGGCAUUUAUGGCACAUACUUCCUUUUCAAAUACAGAAUUCAAAGAACAUUUUCUGCUGUUUACACUUCCAGCUGUAUUUUGCUACAUGGACUAACUGUGAGAACUUGGUAUUUAUUUUGAUCAUAAAGUUACUCGUUAAACCUGAUUGGGGAAAAUUUUGAUUUCUGAAUAUUGAGUUCCAAAUCAGUUUACUAUAAAUUAAAAGCCACUUGCCGAGACAAUCUGCACCUCUUCCUUCAAACUCACUUAACAUAGGAACUGUUAGCAACUUCUUAACAAAAAUCUUAGAUUUCCAAACAAAAAAACUGAAUUAUGAGGAGUACAUUGUCGCAUCAUUCAGUUAAUACUGCUGACCAAAUACUUGUCUUGCCUCAGGCUCUGAACAGCAGCCUUUAAGGUGAAAAUAUGAAUUAUACAGUAUAGUGAGGUUCUGUGAUUAUGGAAACUAUUAAAUCAUGUAAACCAGCAUUCUCAAGAAAUUAAAUUGUUAGAAGUCAUUUGAUGAUGCAGGGCAAAUUUUUGAAUGUAUUUUUAAUGGUACCAUUUGAGUUCAUAUCUCAGGAUCAAUUUUUCACAUGAGAACUACAUUAUUAAUAUUUCUUAGUAAAUGUGGCAGUGAUCUGCAACCAACUAGAAUAAUCAGAUCAAUGUUCUAAUGAGAAUUAAUCGGAUGUUGCAGAAAAGGUGAUCUGAAUAGUUGAGGUGCUAGUAAUUCUAUAAAAGCAAUCGAUUAAUUUUAGUCAAACAUGUUUGUGUACUGACUGGAUGAUGGCUGGUUGGCUUCCUGAAAAAGACAUGCCAAUCAGACUUUCACCUGAUUUUGCAUAUUAAAAAUCGACAACAUGGUUUUUAAUACAUGUGUACUUGCAGUACUUGCACUGGCACUUGGUGGGAAAAUUAAAAUGGAACAUAGUAACAGAACUAGAUUAUGUCAGUAAACCAGUUCAUAAUGGUUAACUUCACAUAACAUUAAUAAAACAUCAAUCAUGAUCAAGGCAUUGAUAUUGUAAUUAAGAUAAAGUGCUGCGUUUGAGUGAUGCAGGUGUUUUUUUUUAAAUCCGUGUCUACGUGUUUAAGCACAAUAGAAGACUGCUGAUUUAAACAACACAGACUUGUAUGCACGUUAUUUUGAUAACCUUUAAUACCAUGUCACAGUUUUGUCUUGCUUUUCUAAAUGGAACAACUUCAAUAAAGUGAAUAAAAUUCAAAUAACUAA